AUGCUAGAGGCAGCUUGCAAGCACACCGUCAAGGUGGCGCAGGCAGCGGUGAAGGACAACCCGGCAGGCCAGUCAAGUGCUUUGCUUCAGUUUGCACAAGUGAGAUCAAAAGAUGCUGAGACUGGAGCCCAUCGAAUCUUUCGGGCAAGCGGUCUUACUAUUACGAUCAACAUCGAACGACUUGUGCUAGGGGAUUCCCCUGGGCUGAAGAGCUUGACGUUCAUCAAACUUUCAAAGUGGAUCACCUAUCUUUUGGACCACCACCUCCUCUACAAGCUCACAGGGGUUCCGGACGAAAACAACAUGGAGGAUACUCUUCUUGAGUUUUGGUCGCGAUACCGAGCUUUGUAUCCGCAACAUGAGCUGUGGGAGAAUGAAAACAUCGACCUCGCCAGAGCGAUACCUGUUUUCACCCAUACGGAUGAAGGGAGAACCUUCAAAAAGCGGCCUUUACUUAUAUUCUCAACCCAUGGGUGUUUGGGUGUGGGGACCCAACCACAGCGCCGGGCCCAACAGGACGACCCCAUGGGGGAUGGCCAGGACAUCCCCGUGAAAGAUGAUGAGAUGGGAAUGAAUUUCAUUGGCAAUACUUGGGGUACUCACUUUAUCCAUGCCUCCAUGCUCAAAUCAGAAUCGGAUGCUGAGCCUGAGGCUGUGCCGGGGCUCAUGAAGGAGUUUGCAGCGGACAUGCACACUCUUUACACCACGGGUGUCACUGAUAGUUGUGGGCAAAGGCGGGUCUGGGUUGUGCAUUGUGGUACCAAAGGUGAUCUUUUGGCAUUGUCCAAACUGGGAAAGUUUACAAGGGAUUACACUCGCAUGCCCCGGGCAGCUGAAUCGAAACAGUUGGUGAUUGGUAUCUGCCAUCUAUGCAAAGCUGGCUGUGAGCAUGAGGACCCGCAGCACAACAUUCCUUUCGAGGAUGUUUCUUCGAGGGCCAAGUGGCAUGAAACCAUGCAUCAGGAAUACCCUUGGGUGCGACUGCCCCCCAUCCUUCAUGGUGUUCCCCGACCUGCCCCUGGUGAAGAAGCUUCGUUCUUUUGUGUUGACCUGUGGCACUGCUGGCAUUAUGGGCUUGCAAAAGUCUUCAUCCCCAGUGUUUUGCUUGUUUUCCAAGAGUCGCUGAUUCCUGGCAGCAGCAUCGACAACAGGCUAAAGUGGAUCAGCGAUGACUACAAGCGCUACUGUGUAACUCACAAUGCUGCAGCCCACGCCAUCGAGAUCAACAAGGAUACAUUGGGCUACAGUGGCUCGAACUUUCCUGCUGGUCACUGGAGCAAGGGAGCUAUCAGUACUACAUUGAUGUACUACCUCGCGUUUCUUUGCACUUGCUUGGGUGUCGACAGCAAUGCAAUCAACCCGCUCCACAGAACAAUCGCCAAAGCGAUCACCUCCAUCAAUGAUGGCUUGUCGGAGCUGUAUGCCAAAGGCUUCUGGCUGAGGUCUCAAGAUGGAAA